UAAGGAGGGAGGGCUGCUCCCUCCUUGCAAUAAAGGGACACACGCAUUCUCUUAGCACAAACGGACGGAAGUCUUGCCUUUUAUUUAAAUCUCCAGCCUUUUGCCCAGUACAUUAGACUUGCUCUGUGGCACGGGUGCCACAAUGAGCAGAUCCUGAUGUUGGGUUUUAGAGCUGCAUGGACUGGUUUCUUGCUAGGUGAAGUUUAAGAGGCUGUUUCAGGGCCCUGCAUUUCCUAUCACAUCACAAUUUCUUCCAGGGAUGCUCCCAGAAGCAACAGGGGGGUACAUUAGGUGUAUCAGAAACCAUUCACUGUUGUGGGGUCGGGAGAACAAAAAGGGGUUAAGAUCUGGGGCUUUGAAGGCAGACUGCAGUGUUCUAAGCACCUAAGGAGAUUCUCCCUCCAGCUUCUUGGUUCUCGUGGUUAACAGGGGCUGUAAUGUAUAGUUCUAUUUUUCCACCUGGGGUGUCACCUCCUUAGUCUGGUCUAGUUGCUGUGGUCAGGGGAUCUUCAGAGGUUGGAAGGUAUUGUUAACCAGUGUCCAAGAGCACCCAUGCAGAUGUCCACUUGUUGCGCUGUGAACCCUUUUAUCUUUUGAGACAGGGUUUCUUUGUGUACCCUUGGCUGAACUGGAACUAGCUCUGUAGACCAGGCUGGCCUCCAACUCACAGAGAGCUGGCAUUUUUGAUGUUUCUUGGGACUGUGAUCACUUUUCCUUCCAAUUAGAUACCCCAUACCCCACCAGGAAUGGCUUUAUCCCUCUCCCCAUUCAGGGUCCACCUCUCUGUAACUGUUUUCUGUUUAACAGGUGUUACUUGUUGCAGCCUCAAAUCCUUAGCCUCAGGGUUGGGUAGUGUGAUGCAACAGGGAAUAGCAUGGGUACAGAUAACCAGAUUCUGUUGAAAAAUGGGCAAAUAUCAGUGGCCUGAACACACAUCUAAUACAUGUUUGAAACCAUGUUGGCCAGUCUGAAAGGACCCUGGGCAAGGUCACAGUCACAUAGUUUUUUUUGUUUUGUUUUGUUUUUUGAUUUUUAGAGACAGGGUUUCUCUGUAUUGCUUUGGAGGCUGCCCUGGACUCGAUUUGUAGACCAGACUGGCCUCGAACUCACAGAGUUCCAUCUGCUUCUGCCUCAGGAGUGCUGGGAUUAAAGGUAUGCGCCACUAACACUCCACUCACAGUCACGUAGUUUACAUAGCUGGGAACUGCCUCCCCUAAAGCCUGCUCAUCUGGGGACCCUGCUUGUUAGCCAAGGUUGGUAAUGGUCUGGUAACUCUAAUGGUUUUUUGAGAUUUAUGCAAAUGACUAUUAGAAAAUUUCUGAAUUUUGAUGUGUCCCAAAAGGAAACAGACCCUAGACACUGAACUUUUUAGAAGUUAUCCAUGAUGAAUCUUGACUCCCAGGCUCAUACUAGUAGAGUCUUGGCCAUUUAUAAUUGUACAGCAUGUGUAACAGUCGACUCACAGGAUGGAACCCAUCCGGCUCCUUUUUGCAUCUGUCUUUGUCCCUCUGGCUCUGUGAACUUGUGUGAAUUACAGAUCAUGGGAAAUAAUUGUAGAUUUUGUGAUCAUGGUAAGACUGGAGCAGAAAACCCCCUAUCACACAGCAUGUGCUCAAUGAGCUCAGUAAAUGUGGUUCCCAGCAACUCUUCUAGAGCUUAUGUGGUUUAUACAGAAAGUGACUCAUGGCAAAUUAGUGGGGUUUUUUUGCUUUGGUUUGAUUUUGUUUUUUUUUUUUUUGAGACCGAGUUUCUCUGUGUAGCUCUGGCUGUCCUGGAACUUGCUUUGUAGACCAGGCUGGACUUGAACUCACAGAGAUCCACCUGCCUGUGUGUCUCAUGUGCUAGGAUAAAAGGUGUGCACCACCGCCUUCCAGCCAAAUCAAGUGUUUUGAGGAAUGGUGGCAAUAAAUGUUAUUAAAUGGAGCUCUAGGGGACUUGGACCUGACUCCUGUGGCAGGCACAAGAUAGCAACAUUGCACUAAGAAAGACUAAAAAGGGAAACAUAGAGAUGGCAGGGACCUGAGCCAUGGUUAGGCGGGUCAGCCUCUUCCAGGGACUACCCUGGCUGCUGAUUGUCCACAAGCUGGAGCUGCCCUUCAAGGUGAAUGUGGGAAUGUGCAUAGAAAAGGGGACAUUCCUGACCCAAGACUUCUCCUUUUUUUCUUCCAUCUCAUUGUAAAUGAGACAAACGAUUUCCAAGAUUCUUCUAAAGUCACUCCUCGGCUGCCUCCUCAAGCAGUGAGCUGAAUCAGACAUUAAAACAAAAACUGUUUUGUUGUUGUUGCUGCUGUUGCUUUUGGUCAGGAGGUAUAUUAACAAAGACAGGGUGUUUCCCUUGCAGGACGUUGUGGGAGAACUCUACUGACCACCUAUGUUCACAGAGCCUUCUCCUUGGCAGAGGCUAAAGAGAAAUAGCUCUUGGGUUUUACAAGUUGUCUGCCUCCAUUUGAAGGCACAUGCAAAAUGACUGUGCGUGGAGUCUUUCAAAUAGUUGGUCAUCCCAAUUCUAGAUAGGGAGGGUCUCAGGUAGGUCAUCAAAAAGGCAGAUAACUUCCUACUUUAUUAUGAGGGCUCACUGCCACUCACCCACGACUUUAUAAAAUUUUAAAACUCUAAAAGGAUAGCUUUUUCAAUCUCUGUUCCCAGUGCAUGACCCAGUGAGACUCACCUGGGUAAUUAUUUCUCUACUGGUUAUAAGGAAAACAGGCACUGUGGGUUCAACCAGGGGUCACUGAUCCAACAGCAACUCUCCUGUCAAGAGUAUGCCACUGGGUUUGGUUUUACAGAGGAGCAAAUGCCUUUUGUGUAAAUUGUCGUGUGCUGUUUGAAAGCACUAAGAAAUUGACUGGGGGGGGUAGAAUUUGACCCUUCUACUUCAGACCUAACCAUGUGUUUGCCUCAAAAUAGCCUCCAAAGCUCAUUUUCCUGAGUCAGGAUAACCAUUGACACUGUGACAAGGAGAAAGAACAAUAAUCAAAGAUUAAAGGUAUUAUUUCAUGAUACAUGAGCUACUUAUGCUCAUUCAAAACCAAAAGUAUGGUCAUGGCAGAUCACUAUGUACUGUAUGAAGACUGUCUUGUGGUUUUUGUAAUACCUGGAAACUUACCAACCCCAUUGUUUAACAAUAAAUAUAUAGAUAAUAGUAUAUAUGCAGAUUGAGUUUAGUUUUCUUUAUCAAGGUAGUGUUAUAUCCCAACUAUCUUCCAAGCCAAAACCCUGCCAUCUUCAUGACAUCAACUGGGCCUGCUUGCAAGAUUGUCAUACCCAGGUUUGGUGACUGUUGAUCUGUUGAUAUCUAUGUCUCAUAAGAUGGCUGUAUAUUUUUCUAGAAUGGAAAAGAAAGCAAGAAGGCUUAAUAAUGUUACAAAUGUCUGACAGAUUAUAUAAGGUAAACAAAAGGCCACCGUUCAAUACACCAGUGUCAAACCUAUGUUUAAAGAAAUGGAGUUACUGGUCUACACUCUAUGGCAGUUACAAGGAUUGGCUUAAGAAAAAUGUGUGACUACCCAGAGCUUUUGGGUUCUGCCUGUUAUUCUGUGAUACAUCUGCAGGGAUACUCCCUUGGGGAUCUGAGUCCCACCUCAACUUCCUAGCUAUAAGGUUCUACUAAUUAGUUCCCUAAAGAGACAGUAUUAGUUAUUAAAGUAGCUUAUAGGCUGAGAUUAGAUAGUCUAGCAUUUGCUAUCUCACAGAAAAAAAAAUUCUGUAAUUGCUCAGCCCAGAAGGUUGGGUGUUUCAGUCUGUUAGAACCUGAAAGAAGUAGGUUCUAAUGCCAGCAAAGGAAUAUGUUCAUCGUCAGAACUGGGCAUCAAACUUCCUCCUCCCAUAUCCUUUUAUGUAAACUUCCAAAACCACAAGGUAUGGCCUUGACUUAAGGUGGGCCUUCCCACCUCAAAUGAUCCAAUCAGGAACAUUCCCCACAGCUGUGCCCAGUUCUUCGGGUUUUAGUUGAUUUCAUAUGUAAUCAAUUCGACAAUCAAGUUUAGCCAUGCCCAAGGGAAUAACCUGAGGUUUCUUGAAAGGUGCAAAUGGAGCUCUGAAUGGACCCAGUGGAGGAACUGGAGCUGUUCUUGAAGAUGUGGGCUGCAGCCCACUGGAGAGGCCCCAAGAGCCUGCCUUGGAGUUUCCUGGUCCCCUACGUCAUCAUGCUGGUUGUAGAGGGGAUGCCACUCCUGUACCUGGAGCUGGCUGUGGGGCAGCGCAUGCGGCAGGGCAGCAUCGGUGCCUGGAGGACCAUCAGCCCCUACCUCAGUGGCGUCGGCAUUGCUAGUCUGGUGGUCUCCUUCUUGGUCUCUGUGUAUUACAACGUCAUCAACACCUGGUCCCUCUGGUAUCUCUUCCACUCCUUCCAGGAUCCCCUGCCGUGGUCUGUCUGCCCACUGAAUGGUAACCACACAGGCUAUGAUGAGGAGUGUGAAAAGGCUUCGUCCACACAGUACUUCUGGUACAGGAAAACACUCAACAUCUCACCAUCCAUCCAGGAGAAUGGAGGAGUGCAGUGGGAGCCAGCACUGUGCCUCAUCCUGGCCUGGCUUAUUGUCUAUCUGUGCAUACUGCGGGGUACUGAGUCAACUGGCAAGGUGGUCUAUUUCACUGCAUCGAUGCCCUACUUUGUGCUCAUCAUCUACCUGAUUCGGGGCCUCACACUCCACGGAGCCUCCAAUGGCCUGGUAUACAUGUUCACGCCCAAGGUUGAGCAACUAGCCAACCCCAAGGCCUGGAUCAAUGCAGCCACGCAGAUCUUCUUCUCACUGGGCUUAGGGUGUGGUGGCCUGAUUGCCUUUGCCAGCUACAAUGAACCCUCCAACAACUGCCAGAAACACGCCAUCAUUGUGUCCAUCAUCAACAGUACCACUGCCAUAUUUUCCAGCAUUGUGACCUUCUCCAUCUAUGGCUUCAAGGCCACCUUCAACUAUGAAAACUGCUUAAAAAAGGUGAUCCUGCUGCUGACCAAUUCUUUUGAACUUGAAGAUGGCUUUCUGACAGCCAGCAACCUGGAGGAGGUGAAGGACUACCUGGCAUCUACCUACCCAAGCAAGUACAGUGAAGUGUUCCCGCACAUUAGAAACUGCAGCUUGGAAUCAGAGCUGGACACGGCUGUCCAGGGCACAGGCCUGGCCUUCAUUGUCUACACAGAGGCCAUUAAAAACAUGGACGUGUCCCAGUUGUGGUCAGUCCUCUACUUCUUCAUGCUGCUGACGCUGGGUAUGGGAAGCAUGGUAGGGACAGGAACAGCCAUCCUCACCCCUCUGACUGACAGCAAGGUCAUCUCCAGCUACCUGCCCAAGGAGGCCAUUUCAGGGCUGGUGUGCCUCAUCAGCUGUGCCAUCGGCAUGGUGUUCACCAUGGAGGCUGGGAACUACUGGUUUGACAUCUUCAAUGACUACGCAGCCACACUGUCCCUGCUGCUCAUUGUGCUGGUGGAGACCAUAGCUGUGUGCUAUGUAUAUGGGCUAAAGAGAUUUGGAAGUGACCUUCAGGCCAUGACCGGCCGCACCCUCAACUGGUACUGGAAGGCCAUGUGGGCGUUUGUGAGCCCAGUGCUCAUCAUCAGCCUCUUUGUCUUCUACCUGAGUGACUAUAUCCUCACAGGAACGCUACAGUACCAAGCCUGGGAUGCCACUCAGGGCCAUGUGGUGACCAAGGAUUACCCCACAUAUGCACUAGCUGUCAUAGGGAUUCUGGUAGCCUCCUCUACCAUGUGCAUCCCUCUGGUAGCCCUGGGCACUUUUGUCACACGCCACUUCAGGAGCAGAGCCAAGUUUCCUUUGGCCUGAGAAGUGGCUCUCUCACAGACCUGUUUCACAGCUACUUCCUACAGUAGAAGUUCCUCAGUUGCUUUUCAAAGACAGAAGUACUUUCUACUUCCAGAAUCUGCAAAGGAAAAUUAAUUCUGUUACUUUGGGAUAGCAGAAACAUAACUUUGGCCAUAAAUACUUUGGCAUAUUAUAUACUCAACUCAGAGUAGAUAUAAUUUUUCAUCAUUUUGACCUUUAGUUUUCAUUCUGGAGAUAUCAAAUAUUUACUUUAUAUACCAUCAUUACAAAUUGGGAUUCUGGAUUACAAAUUUACUUCUAUCAUUGCUCUUUUGUUGGGAUGGAGUCUUGGUAUGUAUAUACCCCAGAUUGGGUCUCCCUAUGCUGUUACAAAAGAUCAUACAUAUACUUAUUAUCCUCUUGUUUCUGUUUGAACCAUUCCUUAGCAAAGCGUGGGGAGGGAGGAGGUGUAAGUCUCAAGGAGCAAUCAAUGCUAGACUGUGCUCAAACAUACAAUCUGCUCACUUCACCCUCGCCAGUGCCUGGAUUAAACAUGGGAUAUCAUAUAUGACUGUUCAGUAUUUCCUCUGCUUUUUCUUGUCUAGGUAAGUGUUUUGCUUUAUCACGGAAGUGUAACUUUGCUGGAUAUGGUAUUCUUGACUGGCAGGUUUCUUUCUUUUAGCAGUUUGAAUGUAUUGAUAAAUCCAUUUACUUACAGUCUAAUGGAUAUCCCCUUAUAUGUGACUUGACUCUUGCUCCUUGGUGGUAGAGGAGGGGGAAAAUGAUGAAAUGAGUUGUAGAUGAAACAGAAGUAUAGGAUAAAAUUUAAAGUACAAUAUAUAAAACCAUACUGAGAUAUUUGUUCUAAUGUACUGUACAUUUGCUACAUAUCCCCUAAUAUUAUGGUGUAAACCUCAAAUAUGAUAAAAUUUAUUUAAAAAAAUAGGUGUGAGGAAGAUGAAAUACUUGGCCCUGAGGGUCAUGUGCAGCCUUCUUUCCAUAAAUGGACACUAGCUUUUACAGUCAGUCUUGAAGAUAAUUGAUUCUGUAAGUCUUAGAAGACUGGCACUUUGUAACCUUCAAUUUACUUGUCUGUCUUAGGAGACAAAUCUGUACACUCUCCUCACUGACAUGACACCCACAUGAUACAGGGUGACUGCUUCUACCCAAUCAGGUGCAUGAGGUGAUAAAUGAAAAUGUCAGGAGGAAUUAAACUGUUUAGUUACUUGUGA